CACAACAAAAAGAAAAAAGAAAGUUUUUUUAAUCGCUCUUCAUCUUCUCUUCACCAAAGGCUGAAGCUAAACACACUUCGUCCAGAAAGAGACGGACAGACAGAUUCUAGGGUUUGGAGGUUCUUCUUCUAGAGAGAGAAAGAGAGUUUUUGAGAGAAAAAGGAAAUGGAAGGUCCUAGCAAUGGAGGAAUGUUGUAUCACGAGGUACAAGAAUCGAAGCUUUGUGCUGUGCAUUGCGUGAACACGGUGUUACAGGGUCCCUUCUUCUCGGAAUUUGAUUUGGCUGCUCUGGCCUCCGAUCUUGAUCUGAGGGAACGUCAGAUGAUGCUCGAAGGUCAAGGCGGUGACGAUUUCGUUCCUGAGGAGUCUCACAACGUCUCGCUCGAUGGUGAUUUCAGUAUUCAGGUUUUAGAGAAAGCAUUGGAGGUGUGGGAUCUGCAAGUCAUUCCACUCAACUGCCCUGUUGCCGAACCUGCUCAGAUUGACCCGCAACUUGAAAAUGCAUUCAUUUGUCAUUUGCAAGACCACUGGUUCUGUAUCCGGAAAGUGAAUGGAGAGUGGUACAACUUUGACAGUCUCUAUGCAGCCCCCGAGCACCUAUCCAAAUUUUACCUCUCGGCAUAUCUGGACACUCUGAAGGGUUUUGGCUGGAGCAUUUUCCUUGUGAGGGGAAACUUCCCCAAGGAGUGUCCAAUGACAUCCUCUGAAGCUUCCAAUGGUUACGGACAGUGGCUGUUGCCUGAAGAUGCAGAGAGGAUAACUAAAUCUUGCAACUCUGGACAGAGACCUAAUCACAGGACCAAUCAAAAUCAACAGGUUUCCGAUCCGUUUCAUCAGUAUGGGGAAGCAGAAAUGCUCUUAGACGCAGAGGAUGAGGCUGCUUUGAAUGCUGCAAUAGCUGCCAGCUUGAUGGAUACCUCCCCUGCCCCUGCCCCUACUCCAGCUCUUGCUCCUGCUCCUGCUCCUGCUUCGGCUCCUACUCCUACGCUGGCGACUGCUCCUGCUCCGGCUCCCACUCCUACUCCUACUCCUACUCCUAGUACUCCGGCUCCAGCUCCAGCUCCAGCUCCAGCUCCUGCUCCUGCUCCUGCUCCUGCCCCUGCUCCUGCAGGUGCUGAAGCUGAAACUCCACAAAAAGAUAAGAAAAAUAGUGGAGAUGAUGUAUGAGAAGAAAUAUUCUUUUAGAUUUUUAUGUUUACAGGUCAAGGGGUCUAUGAUGUGUGUCAAGUUUGAUGUUUGAACUCACACCAUGAACUUGCAUUUUUAUGCUAGUUUCCAUAGAAUUUGCAGUGUAUACAUCUUUAUUUUCCUCCUUUUUAGUUAUUUUUUUUUAAAAAAAAUUAUAUCUUAGUCUUGUUCAAUUAAACAUUGUAAAAACUUUAAAUUGAGAAAAUAAUAAUUUGUCAACUUCAUAGAGGAUUAAUGGCAGUUUCAGGUUACAG